GGAAACUUGGAGAAGUAGUGUUAGGGUUAAUCACGCAGCCAACCGGGUCGAAUAUCUCCGGAACAUUCCGAUCCAUCGGUGUUGAGUUGUGCACUUCUCUUCUAACUCUAUAUUUCACCAUCUCUGCAACACAACACAACCCUUAUUAUAUACUUUAGAAAAUUUCGAUAGGUAGUUAGAAUCAUAUAUAAACACACAAACAUUAAUCAUCAAUUUUUCAUUAUUAUUAAUCAAUUAAUUAAUCACACGGUUGCCGGAUAAAUCAAUCAUCUCUGCAUCGCCGCCGUAACUGAUUUUCGAUGGAUAAUCAACCGAAUCAAAAUCAAGCUCAACCACCACGUGACGAAGAAGAAGACGAAGAUUCAUCGAGGAUGGAAGAUGAAGAGUUAAUUUCAAAGGUUAACAAACUCAUGGAUAAAAUCACUUCCUCUCCCGAUAACCCUAAACCUAAUGUUCUUCACGCUCUUGCCACCAUUCUUGAAACUCAAGAGUCCAACUACAUGGAUGAGAAUGCUCAUUCAUCUUCAACCAAUGCUCGUGCUGCCCAUAACAUUGGACGCCUUGGGAGUAUAAUUCGGGAAAACGAUGAUUUCUUUGAGUUAAUAUCUUUGAAGUUUCUCUCCGAAAAUGGAUACUCCACCGCAGUUCGAGCUGCUUCUGUCAGACUACUCUUGUGCUGUUCUCUAACUUGGAUUUAUCCCCAUGUUUUUGAAGAACCGGUCCUUGAGAACUUAAACAAUUGGGCGACGGAGGAUAGUAGUAGGUCGGCGGCGGAGGAGCAAAACCUGAAGCGUGAUCCGGUGGGAAAAGAUGCCUCGGAUUCAGAAAUGUUGAAAGCAUAUUCUACUGGACUCCUUGCCGUGUGUUUGGUUGGUGGAGGUCAAAUAGUGGAAGAUGUAUUGACAUCUGGCUUGUCAGCUAAGCUCAUGCGAUAUCUUCGUUUGUGCGUGCUGGGUGAGACUAGUGGCAGCCAGAAAGAUAGUAGUCAUUUAUCGGAGAACAAACAUUCAUCUGGGAAUACUUCAGUGAGAGGUAGAGAUGAUAGUCGUGGAAGGUUUCGCCAGCUCCUGGAAUCAAGUCAUGUAGAUGAUACAAGGAUGAUUGAAGAGGGAUCUUUUGAUGACCAAGCUCCUGAACGGGGUCAGGAUAGCGGACAAGCUUGCCAAGAAGAUCCUUGGAUAGAUGGUGAACCACCUGAUGGACUCAGCGAGGGUGCUGAUGUCUGCGAGGCUGAUUCCGAGGGGGAAGAGAGAUGGCGCUGUAAAGAUAUUCGUGAUGGAAGGAUAAAAUAUGGUGACCAUGAAGACAAUGCUAGAGACGAAUCUUCUAGGCGGCGUACUAACCGUGGAUGGGGAAGAUCUAGGGGGAAAGGAAGGGUCAAUGAAGGGCCAGUAGACAGUGAACCUGUUCUGUCAUCUGCUGGUUCCGCCAGUCGCCUAGGACAGGGGCGGAGUGUUAGAGAUAGGAGCUCGUUGAGGAAUGGUGACGUUAAGCGGGUGCCUGAUUCUAAGAAGACUCUUACGAGUUCUAUUUCCGAGGCUUUGAUUUCUGAAAGAGAGGAUAAUGAUGAUUGUUUCCAAGAGUGUCGUAUUGGAAGUAAAGAUAUCUCCGAUCUUGUUCGGAAAGCAGUCCAAGCUGCUGAAGCUGAAGCCAGGUCAGCCAAUGCACCUGAAGAAGCCGUCAAAGCAGCUGGUGAUGCUGCUGCUGACCUUGUUAAAACUGCAGCUUCAGAGGAAUAUAAAUCCACCAAUGAUGAAGAAGCAUCUGUUUUGGCUGCUUCGAGAGCUGCAUCAACUGUUAUUGAUGCUGCAUCUGCUGUUGAAGUUUCAAGGAGAUCUGUCUGCAUCAAUACCGAGACAGAGAAUGUUACUAGCAGAGAAACAGAAUCCAUUGAGGAUGUUGAAGAUUAUUUCCUCCCAGACACUCGAACACUUACACAAUUGAGGGAAAAAUAUUGCAUUCAGUGUCUUGCAUUACUUGGAGAAUACGUUGAAGUUCUUGGACCUGUAUUGCACGAGAAGGGUGUUGAUGUUUGUCUUGGACUUCUGCAGCAAAAUUCUAAACAUCACGAGCCGUCCAAGGUUGCUUUCGUGUUGCCCGAUGUCAUGAAGCUGAUAUGCGCUUUGGCUGCCCAUAGGAAAUUUGCUGCACUAUUUGUGGACCGUGGGGGAAUGCAAAAGCUUCUUGCUGUCCCUAGAACGGCCCAAACAUUCUUUGGCCUUUCUUCGUGUUUAUUUACCAUCGGUUCCCUUCAGGGGAUAAUGGAACGGGUUUGUGCUCUUCCAUCUGAUGUGAUUUAUCAUGUGGUUGAGUUGGCUCUCCAACUCAUCGAGUGCAAUCAAGACCUAGCCCGGAAGAAUGCAGCAUUGUUUUUUGCUGCCGCAUUUGUCUUUAGAGCAGUUCUCGAUGCUUUUGACUCUCAGGAUGGUUUACAGAAAUUACUGGGCCUUCUCAAUGAUGCUGCUUCCAUAAGAUCAGGAGUAACUUCUGGAGCCUUGGGCUCGUCUAACUCAGGAUCACUUCGAAAUGAUAGAACAUCAUCUGCUGAAGUGCUGACCUCAUCUGAGAAGCAGGUAGCCUAUCACACUUGUGUUGCUCUGCGGCAAUAUUUCAGAGCACACCUCCUAGUAUUAAUAGAUUCUAUCCGUCCAAACAAAAGCAAUCGUAGUUCUGCUAGAAAUAUUCCAAGCACAAGGGCUGCUUACAAGCCACUAGAUAUUAGUAACGAGGCAAUGGAUGCAGUAUUCUUACAAUUACAAAAAGAUCGGAAGCUAGGUCCGGCAUUUGUCAGAACAGGUUGGCGAGAAGUGGAGAAAUUCUUGGCAUCUAAUGGGCAUAUUACUAUGCUGGAAUUAUGUCAGGCCCCACCCGUGGAGCGAUAUCUACAUGAUUUGCUUCAGUAUGCAUUAGGGGUUUUGCAAAUUGUUACAUUGGUACCUAGCAGUCGUAAAAUGAUUGUAAAUGCAACAUUAAGCACCAAUCGUGCUGGUAUAUCUGUAAUUUUGGAUGCAGCAAAUAUUGCCAGUAGUCACGUUGACCCCGAGAUAAUUCAACCAGCAUUAAAUGUUUUAGUCAACCUUGUUUGCCCUCCUCCUUCAAUCAGCAAUAAACCACCUGCAGUGUCACAAGGCCAGCAGUUCCCGUCUUCACAAGCCUCUAAUGGUGCUCUAGAGACUAGAGACAGAAAUGCCGAACGUAAUAUCACAGAUCCUAGGGAGAGGAAUGGAGAGUCCAGUGCUGUAGAUCGAGGAACUGCUGCAGCACUGACUACACAAUCUGUGAAUACUACUCCUCAAACUCCCGUUCCCUCUGCAAGUUCAGGCUUGGUUGGUGACCGAAGAAUAUCUUUGGGUGCAGGAGCACGCUGUGCCGGCCUUGCUACACAGUUGGAACAAGGAUAUCAUCAGGCAAGAGAGGCUGUCCGUAAUAAUAAUGGUAUAAAGGUUCUUCUGCAUCUCCUCCAACCGCGUAUAUAUUCACCUCCAGCUGCCCUGGACUGUCUCCGUGCUCUAGCUUGUCGGGUACUGCUUGGAUUAGCCAGAGAUGAUACUAUUGCACAUAUAUUGACAAAACUUCAGGUUGGGAAAAGACUGUCAGAACUAAUCCGGGAUUCAGGCAGCACAACACUUGGAACAGAACAGGGUAGGUGGCAAGCUGAACUAUCCCAGGCUGCAAUUGAGCUAAUUGGGAUUGUCGCUAAUUUAGGGCGUGCAAGUACAUUAGUUGCUAGUGAUGCAGCUACUCCUGCAUUAAGGCGCAUUGAAAGGGCUGCCAUAGCUGCUGCCACUCCUAUUACUUACCCUUCAAGGGAACUCUUGCUCUUAAUUCAUGAACACUUGCAGGCAUCUGGAUUGGGACAAACUGCUUCUUUAUUGCUUAAAGAGGCUCAGUUAACUUCUUUGCCGUCAUUACUUGCUCCAUCUUCCCUUGCACAACAACCCACAACACAGGAAGUUUCUUCAACACAAAUUCAGUGGCCUUCGGGUCGUACUCCUAGUGGAUUUCUCACCAGUAAACUGAAGUAUAAUUCAAAGAAUGAGGAUGCUUGCUUGAAAAGUGAUGCUGGCUCUGCAAGGAAAAAGUCGCUAACUUUCUCGUCGUCUUUUGGUUCUCAUACAAGACACCAAGUUAUCGACUCUCGGCAUUCAUCAACCAGAAAAUGGUUACGUGCUGGGAAAGAGUCUUCAGAAACUAGUACAGUAGAGAAUCCAUCUGAAUCUUCAGUAAAACAUAACACUGAAACUGGAUCUCAGUUCAAGACUCCAAUCACCUUGCCGACCAAACGAAAGUUAUCGGAUCUAAAGGACAUACCAAUGUUUUCAUCAUCUGCAAAGCGACUAAAUGUCGGGGAUCAGGGACUUCGUUCUCCUAUUUGCUCGAGUUCAGUUCGUAAAAGCAGCCUGCAUACUGAUGCUGUUGGGCUUUUCACACCAACUGGUAAUCUGAGGAGUCAGCAAGGCCGUUGUACAGCUGACUAUGUGGAUGACAAUCAGUACUGCAUCUCAAAUCUAGGUCAGAUGACACCAUCCUCCCAAGUAGUGAAUGACCUUCAGCUGAACAACCCUGAGCGUGUGACACUGGAUUCUCUAGUGGUUCAGUAUCUGAAACAUCAGCAUCGCCAAUGCCCAGCCCCCAUUACCACCCUUCCUCCAAUAUCUCUUCUGCACCCACAUGUUUGUCCGGAACCUAAGCGAAGCCUCGAUGCCCCCUCUAAUGUGACUGCUCGGCUUGGUACCCGUGAAUUUAAGUUUAUGUAUGGUGGAGUACAUGGUAAUCGCAAGGAUCGUCAAUUUGUUUUUAGCCGGUUUAGGCCAUGGCGCACUUAUCGGGACGAUGCGGGUGCAUUAUUAACAUGCAUUACUUUUGUUGGAGACUCCUCGCAUAUUGCUGUUGGUAGCCAUACUGGAGAACUCAAAUUUUUUGAUUCAAACAACAAUAAUGUGGUAGAGAGCUUCACUGGCCACGAUGCUCCCUUGACCCUUGUUCAAUCUUUUGUUUCUGGUGAGACCCAAUUGUUGCUUUCUUCGUCCUCUAAAGAUGUUAAGAUGUGGGAUGCAACAUCAAUAUUAGCUGGUCCCACCCGAUCAUUUGAAGGGUGCAAGGCUGCCAGGUUUAGUAAUUCCGGGAAAACAUUUGCUGCCUUGUCUUCAGAAUCUACUGCACGGGAAAUCCUUUUAUAUGAUAUCCAGGAAGGCAAGUUAGAAGCAACCUUGUCAGAUACAUUCACUACUUCUACAGGGCGGGGUCAUGCUUAUUCUUCAAUCCACUUUAGCCCUGCCGAUUCAAUGCUGCUUUGGAAUGGUGUCUUAUGGGACCCGCGAGUGUCUACGCCUGUUCAUCGCUUUGAUCAGUUCACUGAUUAUGGAGGUGGAGGCUUUCAUCCUGCUGGAAAUGAGGUUAUUAUAAACUCCGAAGUCUGGGAUCUGCGCAAGUUCAGACUUCUACGUAGUGUAGCAUCAUUAGAUCAGACGGCAAUAACAUUCAAUGCUCGUGGAGAUGUUAUGUAUGCAAUCUUAAGGAGAAAUCUUGAGGAUGUAAUGUCAGCAAUGCAUGCACGCCGUGUUAAGCAUCCGCUUUUUUCAGCGUUUCGCACAGUGGAUGCAAUAAAUUAUUCUGACAUUGCUACCAUCCCUGUGGAUCGCUGUGUUCUUGAUUUUGCAACCGAACCAACAGAUUCAUUUGUUGGGUUGAUUACCAUGGAUGAUCAAGGUGAUAUGUAUUCGUCAGCCAGAUCAUAUGAAAUUGGUCGUCGGAGGCCAACUGAUGAUGAUUCUGAUCCUGAUGAUGCUGAAAGCGAGGAAGAAGAUGAAGAUGACGACGAUGACAAUGAAGAUCCUCUUUUAGGCCCUGGUUUUGGUGUGGGAAGCGACAGUGAUGCUGAAGACAUGAGCAGCAAUGAAGAUGAUGAUGAUAGUGUAAGUGAUCCUGAUGAUGAUGACGACGAUGGAGGUUACAUGAUGGACGAUAUAGACUUUGAUGGACACGACAUGUUGGAUAUUGUGACGGAUGGGGAUGAGGACGACGAUGAUGAUAGUCAAGGACUUGAAUCCGAGAGUAGUGAUGACGAUUAUGACUUUGGUGGUUAUUAGUUGUUAAUCUGAGAUGCUGUAAUUAUAAUCUCUUCAUUGUAUUCAUUUUUGGGCGAAAGGUCGCUUUGUUUUCUCAAAAUUUUGCUGUAGUCUUUCACAUUUAACUCUUCCUACUUAUCAGUGGUAUAAAGUCGAGUAACAUAAUUGUAUAUAUUUUUAGGAAACUGCAUUUUUACUGGGCUGCGAAUGCGAUAUGGGGAUGCAACUGUUUUGUUUU